AUCACGUCACUUUCUUUCUUCCCUUCCCCCUCACGUUCUGUUCUUCUGUCUCCGUUUUGCUCUUCUCCCGUGACGACAACGGCGCACCGCCAUUUUCUCCCCCAAAGUCAGGCCGAAUUUCUCUCAUAUAGCAAGCAACGGAUGCCUGCAACUCUGAAGACCUCAAGCGGAACGAAAUGAGACGAAUUUGAACCAUGCUGCUCCUCGGCGCGAGUCAUUGUAACAUUUCUAUCGCGUUACCUUGUCGUUCGACUCCCCCCCGCAAUAUGGCUCAAUGCUCUGGCAUAAAGCAAGAUCUCUCGGUCGUUGUUCAGACAAUGUAUGACUGGUGCAAGCCUCGUGCCAAUUUCGACGAAGAUAGACUGGAUGGCCUUGUACCCGACAUGCACCUUACAGUUGUCGCCUCAGUUGGACGAUAUCAUUCGCUGCCCCCGAGGAUGGGUAGCCACGAGCGAAUCUGCCUCAGCACCGACCAGGAGCUUAGAAGCAGCCGAACUAGUCAUAACAUUCGCAGUGGCCUCGGACGCAAACAUAUUCGUACGGCUCUCUGCAACCACUGUGGCCCUGGGGUAUCCGAUCCCCGCCUCCUCUCUCAUGCUCGACAGCAGCGGAGUGUUGAAAUUUCAUGCGACUGCGUUACGGUUCCAGUUACGUCUCGCAGGCAUCGAAUCCAUGGAGGACAAAUGCUUACCUUCGCUGAUACAUACAGCUCGACAAUGGUCACGGAAGAAGUGUCUUCUUGCAAGCGUCAUCUGGCAAAUGAUUUCGACUAAGAUGGCGGAAUCAUCUGCGAUUCUCCAAUUCCCAUGUAGAUUCCCAUGCGAUGGCCAGUUGUUUUUUUUGGUGCCGGCUGUCCUGUUUUCUCCCUUGCCUGUUUGUUCUAUAUCCUAUACUGUUUCGCUCUGCAUCUUUCGAUAGGAGGGCAAGCGUAAAGAGCAUGUCGUGCUGUAUAUCGUAACGAGGAGGUGUGUACCCGACGAGAUUCUUGCUGAGGAGAACCGAGGCUAGGUUUCUCGAGAAUGUUAGAACCAUCGUUACAUCGGUGAUAUCUGUAACACCAAUACUGUCCAGAUACGCUUCUAUCAAGCUGAAUAUUCGCGAUGUUAACUUUCUCCGAACGGCUGGUCGAUCGUCAAAAGUAUCAAAGCUU